AUGCCUUCAACCAAUGAUGAUCUCGUACUCGCUCUCUCCAAUACAUGGAAGCGUAUCCUCCCCAUUUCUGUGGUUGCCAACGUCAGAAAUACAAGAUAUAGCGCCCUCCUACUUGCCACUAUGGUUGUUAAUACCAAUGAAUGA